GACAGCUCAGUCUUUCCGUCCGGAUUCGAAACCGGGACAACCCCAAGUAGACAAGCGCGGGCGGAAGCCUUGGCUUGGGGCGAUGUCUGUAGAAAAGCCCACGCUGAAGGUUUCCGCGAGUGUCACCGAAGCCAUGGCUGGAAACAGCUCCCGUUCCGCCAUGACGUUGCCCCCGGCGUUGGCAGGGGCGGGACCUCGCCGUGGCAGCAUGCCCCUGCCCAUCAAACACCAGCUGGUGAGGGCAUCCGCGGUGGAUGAACUGGAUUCUCCACCGAGUUCCCCGGAGGUCAGCAGCCAUGGUGGAGCCAGUCCGGCCGGAGGACGAGGCCCGUACAAAGUCAUGCUGUUGGGCGAGAGCGGAGUGGGCAAGACAAUGUUGGCUGCCAUCUUCGGGGGCAUGAAAGGAGUCACCCAUCCUGAGGAAGAUCAUGCAGAAGAUUCAUACGAAAGACGAUUCUACGUGGAUGACGAAGAAGUGACCUUGACGUUGUACGACAUCUGGGAUCAGGGAGAUUCCGGAGGUUGGAUGCAAGAAUCCUGUCUCCAGACGGGCGAUGCCUUCUUGGUGGUUUUCUCGGUGACUGAUCGGCGCAGCUUCACCAGGGUGCCCCCAACUCUCUUGCGCCUACGGGCUGGGAGCCCUCGGACUGACCCUCCCAUUAUCUUGGUGGGGAACAAGAGUGACCUGGCCCGUUCCCGGGAGGUGUCUCGAGAAGAAGGCCGCAGCCUGGCGGUGAUGAUGAACUGCAAACACAUCGAGACCUCAGCGGCCUUGCACCACAACACCGAGGAGCUCUUCGAAGGCGUCGUGCGCCAGAUACGCCUCCGCCGCUGUCGACGGGAGGGCGAUUCCUUGAGGAAAGAAGGUGCCAUCGGCCGUCGCGAAAGCCUCACCAAAAAAGCCAAGCGGUUCCUCUCCAGCUUGGUGCCCCGCAACGGACGCUUCUUCAAGCAGAGGUCCAAAUCCUGCAAUGACCUUUCAGUGCUAUGA